AUGAUUCUAGAGCGGAGAGGCGUCCGACACCACCUCCUUCGCGUUUUGGACCAGGUCGAGGUGGAGUUAACUGCCGCCGAGUUCCGCGACGCCGCCGGGGCGGCGGUAUCCGACAUUGCAUCGAGGGGAAAGCUCUCCGUCGUGGUGGGUUGGUCCAAGUCAUUCAUCUACUCCCUCCCCGUUGAUCGGUUUCACCCUGGGUUCGAUGUCUUUUACGGGUCGGGUCCGGAGGACCGGGUCUCCCCGCAGUUGAGUUACGAUUGCUGCUUUCUCUAG